AUGUUUGAACUGGGGAAUUUGAUCAAAUACCAGAACAGAAGAGAAAGAGAGGUAAGAUUUCUUUUCUAUUUUCAACGUAAGAUGCAUGUUACUAAAGAGCUUAUUAACCGCUUAGGCUUAGAAAAAGAGAUGAAGGGACAUGCAGGCUGUGUUAACUGUUUAGAAUGGAAUGAAAAGGGAACGCUCAUAGCAAGUGGAUCUGAUGAUCUUCAAGUAAUGCUGUGGGAUCCUUAUCAGCAGAAACGAUUGGAAUGUAUACAAACUGGUCAUCAAGGAAAUAUAUUUUCGGUAAAAUUUCUUCCAAAUUCUGAUGAUAGGACUAUCAUCACUGGUGCUGCUGAUUUUCGAAUAAGAGUCCAUGACCUAGCAUCUAAAGAAACAACAAUGUCCUGCAGUUGCCAUGGUGGAAGAGUAAAACGACUUGCUGUUACUCCAAGUUCACCUACUAUGCUUUGGAGUGCUGCCGAAGAUGGAAUCAUCAUGCAAUAUGACCUGCGAAUGCCUCACCAGUGUUCUAACAUAUGCAACAAUGUUUUAAUAAACUUAGUUUGUCAUCUUGGCCGAAACGCUGAAGCUAAAUGUGUAACAAUCAAUCCCAUGAGGCCAGAGCUUCUUGCAGUUGGAGCCAAUGAUCCAUUUGUUAGACUUUAUGAUCGCAGAAUGAUCAAGCCUACUACUGCGAAGUUUCCUCGAGAACCAUCAUCCCCACCAUGGGAUAAUUUAUCAUAUGUUGGAGAUUCAGUUGAACCAGGUGAAGAUAAUUUGCAUCCAGGUUGUGUUUCAUAUUUCGUAGCAGGUCACCUGCCUUUAAAGCAAGAUGACUUCAAGAGAAGAUAUAGAACUUUAACAGCCACCUAUGUUGCUUUUAGCCCAGAUGGCAGUGAAAUGCUUGCCAAUUUAGGAGGAGAACAAAUUUAUUUGUUUGACAUCUUAAAAAGAAGAAAACAGAUGUCAUUUGACAUGAGUGAGUUUAUACCACCUACAAAAGAAGCAGAUGAUGUCCUUGCUCCAAAAAAUGGCUCUACUACAAAUGGACUUAUGACUAAUUCUGUAACAUCUUUUCAUUGUGAAGAAAAUCAUUCAGAUCCUAAUGUAGCCAGGAAUGCUGAGUCAGUCAACAGAAUGCGUGUUCAGAGCUUACCUACAAGGGUUGAAAGAAUUAAAAGAAGAGCAAAUGAGGCUUUUGAAAAGCGUGAAUAUCCCUUGGCUAUAAGCUUGUAUAGUAAAGCAAUUUUUGUCUAUCCAGAAGGUGCCACUUUGUAUGCAAAUAGAGCUGCAGCUUAUCUAAGGAGAGCAUGGGAUGGAGAUUUUUAUGCUGCUGUUAGAGAUUGCCAUGUUGCCAUGAAAUUAGAUCCAAAUUAUUUGAAAGUGCAUUUUAGAUUGAUUCAAUGUUUGCAUAAGUUAGGAUGGGUCAAAGAGUCUUGGGAUUGCUUGCAGAAAGAAAUAAUUUAUAUUCAAAGCAGUGCUAAAAGCACAAAAGCAGACGUUGAAAACGAGGAAACAGAAUCCUCUGGUUCUUCAUCGGGUAACCCUGUUAAUCCACCAAGAAGUAUAGUUAUCUCCAGCAAAGAGAAAGCUUGGAGAUCUUCUACGUUUGAUUAUGAAUCCCGUUACUGUGGCCAUUGCAAUACUACAACUGAUAUUAAAGAAGCAAAUUUUUUUGGAAGCUAUGGACAAUAUAUUGUUGCUGGAUCUGAUGAUGGUUCAAUAUUCAUUUGGGAUAAAAUAACAACUAAUAUAGUCAGAGUUCUAAGAGGUGAUGACUCCAUUGUGAACUGCCUUCAACCUCACCCUACCACUUGCCUCUUAGCUACUAGUGGAAUAGACCCAGUUGUUAGACUAUGGGGACCUAAAGCUGAAGAUGGUUCAAUAGAAGAUCGGGAAAUAAUUGAUUCUGAAGAAGCAGCUAUUUCUAAUCAAAGAAGAAUGAAUGCUGACCCCUUGGAAAUAAUGUUAAUGAAUAUGGGUUAUCGUCUACCUGGUGUAUUGGAACAGAUGUCUGAAGAAUUUGAGCAGCACAAUGGUGGUGACCGUGCCAGCAUUGUACAAUGUCGAACAAGCUAG